AUGAUAAUAUUGCUAGUUCAGACUUCCAACUCAACUGGAGACAGUAAAAUAAACAUCUCACACAGUUCAGACCGGGGCUUUGAAUCGUCCCGGUCGUUGCAUACUUCCGGUUCACGCCAUGUAUCUUCACGACCAAAUAUCGUUGAAUCGGGGCACAGUACGGACGGUCUUGACUCUGAAGAUCCGGAAGCAGAAGAGGAAUCUGACCCAGAAGAGACCAGAGGUGGCGGGGCGGAGAUGAAUGAUAAUCAGUCUCAGCUAUUUCGUCAGUGGCACGAUUAUGUGGCCAGUAAAUUGACUGCCAGUCGCGCCCGGAUUUGGACCGAGGUUUCUGGACGUGUGGAACCCAUACUGAAAUGUGUCGGACAAUGUGCCACCGAAAUGCAAUUCGAUCAGAUUUCCUCUGUGCUGAAAACAGUGAAUCAUUUGGUCACGAUUGGAGAAGAGUUCUGUGGCAGUCUGUCCACUGACCUUCUGGAAGUGUUGCGCACCUCGAUCUACAAANUCUUUCGAGAUUUCCAUCGCCAGAAACGGUUGUUUGAAGCUCCCUAUGUGGAGCACCAGUUCCCGGUUCCGGCCGAUUCCGCAUCUCCAAUCCCCCAGACGGCCGACGCAGAUACACAGCUGCCCGCCAUCGGUACACCAACACGCAGUUUUUUGGAUCGGGCAAAACAGAAAAUCGAGUCUCCACUGGCUCAGCGCAUUGUCGCCUCGUCUACCGGCGAAACUCUAACCAGUCAUCAAAAGAGUCCACUACUGUCCAACACAACUCUGGAGGUUCUACGUCUGAUUGGUCGAUAUUUACAAAUGAUAAACUUGCUGCAACCGAUUGCGGGUGAAGUGAUGAAUUGUGUUCGUCAGAUGUUUGACUAUUACUUGUACUCGCUACUGGAUUCACCCGAUUUACCAGAGCGUUUGGGUCUGACACUGAAGCGCAUUGCAGAACGUCUAAUCGCUGAGGAAGGACACCCAUCCGUUCUGAAAGGGGUUUUGCUUCCCUAUCUCUCCAUGUCCAUUCCGGAACACAAACGCGGUAUCAUUGUGGUUUUCCGCGAGCAAUCCCUACUUGUGGCUCNAACUUCGCGAGCCAUGUGCCCUGCAAACCAUUCCAAUUUUGAUCAACCUCAUGUUACCCAGAGCUAUCAUUUGGCAACCGGAGGCAGCACAAACGCAAUCAUUGCAUCUGGCUUUGGGAAACUGUGGCCCCUGGCAGCAUCCGGACACCCGCUAAACAUCGCUCACAAAUCCGAAAACGGGACGGGAACCCGGCCUACAGAUACGGCAGACGCUAACCCAUUGGUGCCACUGGUACGUGCAGUCAACUGGGUGAGCAAACAAAUGGCCACCAUCCCCAACGCAUACAUCAAUCGCAUUCACACCCAAAUACUGAUUCCGUUCGCCUCGGGGCUACAAAUCACUACACAGCGGUUCGGACUGAGUGAGACCAAUCGAACGAUGCUCUGGGGCAAAAUGCUUACGUGUUUAGCUGAGUAUCUGGUCAACGCGUACAGUCACGUGCAUGCUUGUUCGGACGAGGGGCGCGGUCAAAUGUUACUGGACGUCCGAUCCUUGAGAGAUUUGGCCGAGUCUGUUUGUAAAAUCCGACCAUUUCCCAAACUGGAUUACGUAACUGAGUAUAUUCAAGCAUUCUACAUUCCUGCACACGAAUGGGAGCAUUGGCUGGCACAGACCGGGAUCAAGUUUUCCAAAUCACAGCUGACUGGACUAGCCCAUUGCUUGGCCAGAGGCGAUCGACGUCUACGCCACCGACUCUUAAACACAGUCAACCAGAUUUAUAACCACGCGGCACCCACCCCAACCGCCAAUUCGACAGUACUUGGUUCCAUUUCGACUACCAACAACACAACCUCCACGCUGUCCUCCGGUUAA